AACAAAUUAAAGAAUUGAAAAAGAAAAUGGAAGAACCUGAUAAAGAACAAGUGAGAAAUAUGUUAUCCGCCUUAGGAAAAAAGCCUUCGGAAGAGCAAAUAAAAGCCAUGAUAAGCCAAAAAGAAGUUAGCCAAAUUGUUCAAAAAAGGUUAGAUAAUUUAUAUAAAUCUGCUGAAACUAUUGAAAUUAAGGAAGCACAACAGGAAAUAGUUAAUUUUUAUAGUAAUCUUCGUGAUUUUCCGGGUUGGAAAGAAAGAAUGGAUGCUGCUGAAUUUGAGAGAAAUAGAAAAUAUUUCCUUGCUCAAUUAGUCGAAAUCAAAAAUGCCUCCUUAACCAGUGAUAAAGGAAAAAUUAAAAAAGAUCUCGAAAGCAAUGGAUUAUUUCUUUCUGAUUUAAUUCAACUUUAUAACCAGCAUAAUAAAAGUGAAAAAGAGAUAGUUGAAGAGGUUCGCGAAGGGUUUCUGAAUGGAGAAGGCCACAAAAUGCGAAACUGA